UUUUGAUGGUUCUCUUGAGUUCUGUGCUUAGGUAUUAUAUUUUCUGUUCAGGUCUGGUCUUUUCUUUACAAAUUCUUGGAAUUCUUCUAUUUUGUUGAAUGACCAUACUUCCUCCUGUAAGAAUAUAGUCAGUUUUGCUGGGUAGUUGAUUCUUGGUUAUAGACCUAGUUCCCUUGCUUUCCGGAAUAUCACAUUCCAUGCAUUUUGGUCCUUCAGUGUGGAUGCAGCCAGAUCAUGAGUUAUCCUUACUGUGGUUCCAUGGUAUCUGAAUGACUUCUUCUUGGCACCUUGUAAUAUCUUUUCUUUGGUCUGAUUGUUCUUGAAUUUGGCUAUGACAUUCCUGGGUGUUGUCAGUUGGGGAUCAAGUACAGGAGGUGCUCUGUGGAUACUUUCAAUCUCCACUUUUCCCUCUUGUUCUAGAAUAUUGGGGCAGUUUUCUUGAAUAAUUUCCUGUAGUAUUGUGUCCAGGCUUUUUCUUUUGAUUUUUGAAAUCCAUUUGUGAAUGAGAUGCUUCACAUUUUCCUCAAUUUUUUCAUUCUUUUGGUUUUGUUAUCUAAUGUCUUGCUGCCUUGUGAGGUCACUUAAUUCUAGUUGUUGUAUUCUUGUUCUUAAAGACUGGGUUUCAUUCCUGGUUUUUUGGUCAUCCUUCUCUUUCUGGUUUGAUUUUCUAUGGAGGUCAUAUUUCAUCUUCUUUACCUCAUCUUUUAUCUCCUUUGCCUCAUCUUUCAUCUUCUUUGCCUCAUCUUUCAUCUCCUUUGCCUCAUUUUCCAGCUGGUUGAUUUUGGCUUUCAAGACACUAUUUUCUCAUUUUAGUUGAAGUGCCUCUGUUUCCAGAUGACUUAUCUUAGUUUUUAAGUUCUUUUCCCAAUUGUCUUCAGCCUCUCUUAAUUGUGUUUUGAAUUGCAUUUUGAGUUCUUCCAAAGCCUGUAUCCAAAUUGCUCAGAUUUCUGAUUUGUCAUUUGCUGAUCACUCCCUCUCUGUUCCGUUUGUUGUAUAGAAGCUGUCUAUUGUAAUUUGUUUCUUCUUUUUCUGUUGUUUGCUCAUAUUCACCCCUUCUUUGUUCCCCAUAUUUGUCUCUGCUCUUGGUUCUCUCAUUUUUUGGUUCUGGGGGCUUUUGUCAGUCUCCCCUUUUGGAGCUUUGACAGAGUGCCAUGAUUUAAGAAGGACAUUGAUUUGCUUGAGAGUAUAUAGAAUAGGGAAAGGAGGGAGGAUGAUGAAGGAUAAUGAGUGCAUGUCAUAUAUGGAUCUGGUGAAAAAACUGGACCUAAGUCUGGGCACACAUUCAAAGAGUCUUCAAGUUUUUUGAAGGGCCAUCAUGUGGAUCUUGCACUACAUGUAGUCCAACUAAGUGCUGAAUGCAACACCAGUUGUAAUUUGUAGUUAAGAAACCAAAUUUAGUCUUUUAAAAUGCAUUUGCAUUUAUUUCUUAAAACAUUGAUUUCUUUUUAAGUUUUGAGUUUUAAUUUCUCCCUCCCUCCUACUUUCAUCACCACCAAUUGAGAAGACAAGCAAUAUGCUUUGCUUACAUGUGAAAUCAUGCAAAACAAAGUUCCAUAUUAGCCUUGUCAUAAACUUCCUUCUGAUAAAAUUAAAGAAUUUGAGAAAAUUUUACUUCAAUUUGCACCCAGAGUUCAUCAGUUUUCUCUCACCAAUGGUGGAUAGUAUUUUUUCAUCAUGAGACCUUUGUGAUUUUCUUGGAUCAUUGUGUUGAUCAGAGAGAGAAGCAAAGUCUUUCACAGUUGAUUGUCAUUACAUGUUUGUUAUUGUGCACAAUGGUCUCCUGGUUAUUCUCACUUCACUUUGCAUCAGUUCAUAUUGGUCUUGCCAUGUUUUUUUUUUCCUUUCCUCAAAACCACCUCCUGACUAUUUCUUAAAACACACCAGUACUCCAUCAUAAUCUAAUGCCCCAUUUGUUCAGCCAUUCCCCAACUGAUGAACAUCUCCUUAAUGUCCAGUUCUUUGAUAGUACAGAAAGAGUUCAUAUAACUAUUUUUGCACUUAUUGGUACAAAUUUCUUUUCUCUUUGAUCUCUUUGGUGUAAGACUUAAUACAGGCAUUGCUGGAUUGAAGAGUAUACUUUUUGGGCUUUUUUCUUUUUAUAAGCACUUUGGGCUUAGUUCCAAAUUGUUCUCCAGAGUGGUUGGACCAGUUCAUAAUUCCACCACAAGUUUAUUAGGAUAUUUAUUUUCCUUUAUUCUCUCCUGCAUUUUUCAUUUCUGAUGAUUAUAAGUCUCAGAGUUGUUUUAAUUUGCACUUUUUAAAUGAAUAGUGAUUUGGUGCAUUUAUUCAUAUGAAUAUAGAUAUCUUUAGUUUUUUUUUUCUUUCUGAGAACCACUUUUUCAUGUCUUUUUACCAUUUAACAACUGUGGAAUGGCUCUUAUUUUUCUAAAUUUUGUCCAGUUCACUAUAAAAUUGAGAAAUUAGGACUUUAUCAGAGAAACUUGCUGUAAAAAAUUUCGAUAUUGUUUAAUUGUCUAUCAUGCAUUUUAACAAAAUGUAUUUUCCCAGAUUAUCUCUUUAAUGAGGUCUCUUUUUGCUCUUGCUUUGUCUGAAAUCAUGAUUGCCACCCCUGCCUUUUUUUACUUCAGUUGUAGGAGGAGACACUAUCAAGCCCAAUGUGGAGAAUAGCAAGGAGUAUUUCUCUAAGAACAGCCAUGUCUACACCAAGGGAUAAUGCUAUUGACCCACAUCAUGAAGACCCUGGAAUAAGAGACCUGGAGAAGAUGUUGCAAGAAGUGGGCCUGAAUCCCCAGUACUGGGUAUCUAAGCUGCAAGAAAACUUGGAUGUGACCUCUGUCCAAGCCUUACAACACCUAGAACAGAGGGAAGUUCUGACACUGAAAUCCCAGGCCAAACAUCCAUGGGAGAAACGGGCAAUAGAAAGACUUCUUCAGCUGUCUAGAAACCAGGGAUCUGAGGAGAUGCAAGAGAAGUCCUGGGUGGCAGUGCAGGAGAGACAAAAGAGGGCUCAGUCAGCCUUGAUAGAACUGAAGGAGAUGCAGGUGGAAGGUAAAAGUCGCCAGGAAGAGAUUGUGAGGAUGAAAGAAGAAGAGCUGAGGCAGGUCAUGGAGAUCCCACCAGAGUACUGGCCACUUACUAAGAAACCCCUAACAGAGGUUAUAGAAAAUAUGAAGGAACACCUCAGUGUCAUGGAAGGCACUCUCUCCAAUAGGGAGAAUCUUCCUGACAGGGAGCUCCUGAAACGAGUUUCAGGUGGCCUAGCCCUGCAGGGAAUUUACCAAACUGGACAGCCUGCGGAUCUUUUGGAGAGAAGAGAAGAACUGCUCAGCCUCCCAGAGAACAUCUUUCUGCUCAGCCCAGAACAGGGGACACGGAUGGAAACCAAAGAAUUUUCGUCUUCUCAUGAGGAGUCUAUGUUUACCCAAAGCAUGGAGAGAUUAGGCUUUACUGUUAGCUUCUUGGCUAAGGGUGGAGGAUGGGGAUGGAGCCUGGAGUCCAGCACCAAUAAUACCAAAUCUUCUGACUCCAGAGAACUGCAUAAGGAACAUUCUGAGAACACUUACAGCUGCACCACCAGGUUCAGCUACAUCCCUCUGGCUUGCUGCCACUUUUCACAAGAUCAGCUCUGUCUUAGCAGGUCAGCUGUGCAAAAGUUAAAACAGUUAGAGAAACUUCUGAUCCACUCCAAUGGUUCAGAAACUCAAGGACUGAGGCAUAGGUGUGAGGCAUUUUUCCAAAGAUUUGGCUCUCAUGUGAACCAGGGUCCAUUACAUUUGGGAGGAAUAUUCUGGUGGAAAGCUAUAACAGAAGGCUUCAGGUCAGAGGAGCUUCAUGAUGUAAAGCAACAAGCCUCCAAGGCACUCGAUAUAUAUAUUGGAGGCAGCUACUCUGGUUUUGGGGUGACAGUUGGAGCCGGAAUAAAUAUAUCAGACUCUCAAUCUCAAAUGGCUUCUUACAAUACAAAUUCCACUAAUUUGCAAGGAAGAUUCCAAUUGUCUGUUUUCCAAACAGGAGGCCCCCCAGAGGUGGAUUCUCUCCCACAAUGGAAAGCUGGUCUUGUGGCCAGCAAUUGUACCUGGUGUGUCAUUGACCGAGGUUAUCAGUUAGUGCCUGUCUGGGACAUAAUUCUGUCUAAUCAUAGACAGGAUUUUCAGGAUCCCCUUCAACUAACUCACUGCCUCACAGACACUUACACAGCAUUGACUGGCAAACAUGCAAGAACCCAGGUUGGAGAGGAAUUUCUGAGUGCAAUCGAUGAUGCCAUGUCUUUUUUAGAAGAAGUAAAAUCUUGGGAAACUACUGAGCCUCAGGAGAAGUUGAUGAAACUGAUGGAUUUCAUGCAAAAUCUGAGUGAGAAGACCAGGAACUAUGACCCUUGGAUUAACAUCUGUCUCAAAAACCCAUCUCUGCAGCAGUUCUUGGUAGACAUUUAUAACUUUUACAAAGAUUUCCCAAUUCAUGAAGUCAAAUUCAUUCAAUCUCAGCUGCGUAGCCUUCUGUAUCCUCAUGUCUAUCAAGUGAAAGACUUCUCACAGAGUCACUCAAUCAUGCAAUGGAUUUUCCAUUCAGCAAAGCAGCAACAACAUAUACAGGUUACAGAAUUUGAUGAUUUCAUUCAACUCUUAGAAAAGGAAAAGAAUAACCUUCUUGAUGUAAAUCCUAACUUAGAGUUCUUGGGACAGAUGGAAGAAGCUCGAAGAAAGGCCACUUAUAAGAUCAGUUCAUUUCUCAGCUCCUUUCUGAAGACCUUGAAACAGUCAGGAGAGUCAGGCACAUACCUCCUGUUACUUUCCAUUGCAGUUGGUGCAGGGUACAAGGAGAAAAAUCAAACCUUUCAUUAUCUCCUAGGAUGUGAAGAAUUAAAUUUCCUGUUAUGUGAAAUGAAAGAAGCCCAUGAAAAAUACCUGAACCUUAAUAAGAAUUGUGGCUCUAUGGCUCAGGCAUUCCUUCUGUUCACAGGACUCACAGUUACCCCUGGUCCUAUUUCUGUGUCUUCAGAAGAAAAGAAGCAACGUUUGGAGCUCAUGCAAUCUCUCACGGGACUGUCAUGGUCCAAAGAAGUGCUUCAUGUACUCUCAAAACCCAGGGCAGGUCAUGAUUGGGAAACUCUGGAGAAAGAUUUGAAUUUGCUCAUCAGUGGAGAAUAUGAAGCUAUAUUGAACGGUGUACAGAUGGACCAGGUGAAAAAAGAACUGGAAAGUAUCUCUCAGAGAAAGAAAAAGUUAUGUGAACCAGAACCAGUUACCAUCAAACAGCAUGAAGUGAUAAAUUCCACCUUUUUAGAGCUAGCCAAGAGGCUUGAUCUGGAGCCUUACUAUCCAAGGAAGAUGAGUCAGGCAGAUUUCCAUCUGAUUUGCAAGACUUCUGUGCAUGACACUCAGCCAGACAAAGAGAAUCAGUUACCAUUUUAUUUCCUACAGAAGCUAUUGGUCCUGGAUUACAGACUUAGAUACUUGGUCUGCAAAAUAGAGGGAGACACAAUGACUGGUCAGACUGUGACUCUCAAAAACCUUGAUGAUGACACUUCAGAUCCUUAUGAUGAUUUUUUUAAUGAUAGUGCCACGUCCUCUGACCUCUUGACCACAAGCCAGCCCCACAUUCACCCAAUGGACAUCCAGAUGAUGAUUUUUCAUUGUGCAGAUGACUUCAUGAGGCAAUACAUUUCAAACAAACUUUCCAUCUGCCAAUUUGCCCUCCCUCUUGUGGUGCCCAAUCCCUUUAAUUCUGUAAUAGAAUUCCCCCUUUGGUCUUUCAGCCAAAUCAAGAGAAACUGGAGACAGACAGAGAAAUCAGAAGAAGACAAAGUCAUUAAUUUUCAUAACCAAUCUAUCUUCCAAGUACCUAUCCCCAUCGUGUCUUUCAUAAGAGUUGUGAAUUCUGCUACUUCUUCCAAAUCUCAGAUCUUGAACUCUCUGCUGAGUAAGCACAAACAUGAUACUUUUUUCCACCGUCACUGCCGAGGAAGCAGCAAGUUCUGCCUCUUGAUGGGAGGUGUGGUAGAAAUCUCCUGGUUUUUCCCAGGGGGAAGAGGUGAGGACAGAUUUGAAAGCUGUGUUGCUUUCACCAAUCUCCAUGGAGAUGCCAAAGACUAUGAGACACAGCUUAGGUUUCUGCAGGAAAUUGCUUCAGUCACAGUGGUCCUUGUGUCUGCUUCUGAUAAAAGUGAGAGGACCACAAAAAUGGUCCGGGAUCUGUGGAAGUCAUCCAAACCUUUGGUUUAUUUGUUUGAUGACAAAGAUAAGACUACAAGCAAUGAUUCUGGCCUGAAAGUGAGAAUUGGGAUCAUGAAUAGAAAUGAGGCAGAAUUAAUAGAUCAACUCACAAGGGUCAUCAAUCGCCUGCUGAAGUCUUCAGGUCCCUUUCUCAGUCUGGAAGACUGUGCAGAUGUGGCUCGCCGGUAUGGCUUUCUUGUAGACCUGGAUAGAGAGGAGUGUCAGGAGGCCAAGGGAAGGGCAGAAACUUUGAUGGCCCUCAUGAAAGAGAUGAAAUUGUCUGAAAUGAAGGAGAAAUUAUUACCUCUUCAAGGAGAACUUUGGCACCAGUGGUGUAAGAAGGAUAAGGAGCUUUGUCACCUGCGAGAGAAAGGGAACCGUAGCCUUGAACAGCACAAGAGUGAGAUUGAGACAGAAAAGCAAAUAAUAAGACAAACACAGCUAAAGAGGGCAUUUCCUCUCAAUGACUUAAUGCGAGCGGUGUUGGAAGUGCUCCAAUCUCACUCUGAGAGAGACAACAAAACUCAGUUGUACUUUCUGCAGUGGCUGGGUAUAUUUAUGGACAUCUUGACCAAAAGUAAACCAGAAAUGCUGAGGCACAAGCCUUUGUGGUCACAGCCACUGGCAGAAAACCAAAAAGGAUCCAAGGAUGUCUCCUUAAAAUGCCACAAAAUGGAACUUGAAACUGUGUCCUUAUUUGGCAUCGAACACAUCCUCAGAGAAGUUGGCCAGAUCUAUGAAGCUUUGGAAGAAGUUUCAUCCCAAAGGCAUACUGUGUUCUUCUCUCUUCCUCAGAUUGCUGCCGACCUGAUGGUCUCUGGAUAUCCCCUUGAGCUGAUGGAUGGGGAUGCUUCCUAUGUACCCCUGAAGUGGGUGUCAGCGGUUUUUGACAGAUUAAUUGAGAAAAUUGGAGACAAAAAGCUUUUUGUUCUCUCUGUUCUUGGUCUCCAAAGCACAGGGAAGUCCACUUUGCUGAAUGCAAUGUUUGGCCUUCAGUUCAAUGUCAAUGCAGGGCGAUGCACACAAGGAGCCUACAUGCAGUUGGUGAAGGUGGAUGAAACCCUGCAGGAAGAGAUGGGCUUUGACUUUGUCCUUGUGGUUGACACAGAAGGACUCAGGGCCCCAGAACUUAUGAACAAGUCACAGAAUAGGGAUAAUGAGCUGGCAACCUUCGUCAUUGGACUUGGAAAUCUGACUUUGAUCAAUAUUUUUGGAGAGAAUCCUUCAGAAAUGCAAGAUGUUUUGCAAAUUGCUGUGCAGGCCUUUCUGAGAAUGAAACAAGUAAACAUUUCUCCAAGCUGUCUCUUUGUCCAUCAAAAUGUGGGGGAAAUACUUGCCAAAGAUCAGAACAUGGAAGGGAGAAGAAGACUGCAGGAGAGACUGGAUGAAAUGGCAGUCACUGCUGCAGAACACGAACAAUGCACAGAUAUUACUUGCUUCAGUGAUGUCAUUCGGUUUGAUGUAAACACCCAGGUCCACUAUUUUGCUCAUCUAUGGGAAGGGGAUCCUCCAAUGGCUGCUCCCAACCCCACUUAUAGUCAUAACAUCCAAGAUCUUAAAAAAGGAGUUCUCUUGGCUGCCAAAGAAGAAUCCAAGGGCAGCAUCCUGAAGAUAUCUGAGGUAAAAGUUCGGAUCCAGGAUUUGUGGAAAGCUUUGGUGAAUGAAAACUUCAUCUUUAGCUUUAAGAAUACCAGGGAAAUCAUGGCCAUAAGCAAACUUGAGACAAUGUAUAACAACUGGUCUUGGCAGCUAAGAAGUCAUUUAUUAGCGUUGGAAAACCAGUUGAUCAAUCAGAUUCAAAAUGGAGAGAUCCAGGAUCUCACAAGAAGUUCUAUUGAGGCAAAUGUUGCAGAAAAAUAUGAAGCAAUCAGGCAAGAACUUCAAAGAUAUUUUGAUGAAGACCAAGACAAUGAAAUCCUGAUUCAGUGGAAGGGAAAUUUUGAGAAUAAAUUUAGAAAUCUUAAGGAGGCACUUGUUUCAGAAAUUACCAGAAAGUCCAUUGAUUUUACUUGUUUGAGGAAAAGUCAAGAUAAAUUGGAUAAAAUGAAAUCAGAGUAUGAAAAACAGCUGUUGUUGAGAAGUAGAGAUAUGGCUUUAUUAGUAAUGGGUAAAGAGUUAGAUGAGGAUGAAUUGAGAGAAAAAUUCAAUCAACUUUGGACAAUGUGGGUCUGUGAAGUUUCCUCAAGUACCUCUGAAAAUCUCAAUAUUGAUGUGGAUUUGGAGAAUGUCUUUCUAGACCAUUUUAAACAGGAACACAAUGUCAGAGACAGACUUCAAGCUUUUUCCAGAAGAAAAAUAUUUUCCAUUGAUUAUGAAAAACAUGUCAAAAUGAAGAAAAAAUAUCAUUCCUGUCACACACCUUCCAUAGCAGAAAGUGAUAAGGUGAUCAUAGAGCAAACUACCCAAGACAUCAUGUCCCUGGUCAACAAAACUAUUAAAUGUAAUUCAAAAAUGGGAAGGGAUUAUAACAAAAGUUAUUUCCAUGAAAUACUGCAAUUGAUAGAAAAAGAAACUGAUUCUGCAUCCAAUAAAUCUCGGUACACAUAUACAAGUGAAUAUAAAAUGGAUUUGUCCUUAUAUUUGUGCCAAAGAGCAGCAACUACUUUUUGGGAUAUGCACAAAGCAUUCAAGAGAGCUCAUGAUCCUGUCACAUAUCUAGAAAGCAAGAGAGAGGAUUUCUUCAUGAGCUUUAAGAUUUCCUGCCAGGGCGCAACCUCCAUCACAACAUUUGCUGACUUUCUGGGGAACAAGCUCACUGCUUCCCUUCCAAUAGCCAUCUGGAAAAAGGCAGCCCUUGACCUUGCUGGGGAGAUUAGGGCUAACUGUCCUGCCUUCAAUGGAAACCGAUCCAACCUGGAAAAACAUAUUCUCAUCUCUCUGGCUAAGGAAGAAAAUUUUGUGCAUUAUUGGCAAUAUAUCCAUCAACCAGAAUGGUUUUUCAAAGAUUACAUUAAGAAAGAGAUUGAAGCAUACUGUGGAAAUAGAGGAACUGACAAAUUGAAUGAUGUUUUAAGUUACAAUUUGAACUAUUUUAAGAACAUCAUCUUCUCUGCUAUUCAGGAGUCAACUCUGGCAGCUAAAGAUCAAAACAAUUCUGCUUGUGUGUGGCUGGACACAUUGUGUAAUAAGCUGGGGUGUUAUUUGACCUUUCCAAGAGGUGACUUAAGAAGCAUUGAACACCAGAAGAUAACUGACAUAGAUUUCCUCAGAGAAGCCAUGAAUGAACGCCUGGAUAGUGCAAUCCAAAAGGUAGGAGAGGCAUGUGAGGUUGUAUUUAUAGAGAGAGUUGUGCCCGAGAUUCAAGUUAUACUCUCUGAGCAGCUCAGUGGCUGCUGGAAGCAAUGUCCUUUUUGCAAGGCAAUCUGUACAAAUACAGUCAAAGAUCAUAGUGAGGACCACAGUGUCCCUUUCCAUCGUUCUCACGCUGUCAGUGGCUUUCAUUUUCGAUAUUCCCAUGAGUUUUCGCUUGAUUUCUGUACCAGCUAUGUCGCAAGUGAUGAUUCAUUUUAUCGUUCAUAUUAUGAGCUGGAUAAGACUUUCCCAUUUAAGACUUAUCGUCAGGCAGGUGGUAAAUAUGCCACAUGGAGUAUCACUCCAGACACAUCCGCCCAGCCAUACUGGAAAUGGUUUGUGUGUCGCUUCAGGUCACAAUUAGAAGAACAUUACAAGUUCAGAUUCAAGGGAAGAGGUCAGAUUCCUUAUACAUGGACUAGAAUCACCAAGCAAGAUGUGCUGAAUGAUCUGAAUAAAUAA